AUGCAUAACACUAUCGUAUGUUUCCUUCAAACCCACCUCGCUGCCUUCUCUGUCCCCUUCCUCCUCCUUGAGGCCUCUGAUGCCAUUGGUGGUCACAUCCAUACCAACUCCCUCGAUGGCUUCCUCCUUAACUGCAGCUUCCAAAUCUUUCUCACUGCCUAUCUAGAGGCCCACUGCCUCCUCGACUACCCCUUUCUCCACCUCCAUCCCUUCUACUCUGGCGCCCUUGUCUACCAUGCCCAUCGCUUCCAUCGCAUCGCCAACCCCUUUCGCUGCUCCCUCCAUGCCCUCGCCUCUCUCUCCAACCCCAUCGGCUCCCUCCCCAAAAAGUCCCUCAUCAACCUCGCCUGCCUCCGAGCCGCCUCCCUCCUUCUCUUCACCCCCAGGUUCUCUAUCUCUGCCCGCCUCUAUACUAUCAGCUUUUCUUCGGCCAUCAUAGAUCGCUUCUUCCGCCCCUUCCUCGCUAGCAUUUUCUUUAACGGAAGACCUGCAUUGGUGAUGGCUGAUAGGGGAAGACAGAAGACCGGCUCAAUGAUGGACGAUGGUGGAAGAUGGAAAAAGGUAUUUUAA